AUGGCGAACAGGCCUCGCUCGCUUCCUACCAACUCUGUAUUUGUCGGCGGCUCCGGGCCAUCACGACGGCCUGUCAACCGUGCUGGAGAUAAACCAAAUGUGGAUCGCAAAAUGCAAGUGGCCGAGAAGUUGGUGCAGGAUAUCGCGGACCCUAAUCUCAGAGAAAACGCACUUCUUGAGCUCUCCAAGAAGAGAGAGUUAUUUAAGGAUUUGGCUCCGCUAUUGUGGUGGUCAUUCGGAACUAUAACUGUACUGCUGCAGGAGGUAAUUUCCAUAUACCAUCUUUUGACACCACCAAAGCUCACUCCAGCUCAAUCAAACCGAGCCUGCAACGCCCUUGCCCUUUUUCAGUGUGUGGCCUCUCACCCAGACACAAGGAUGCUGUUCCUCAAAGCUCAAAUUCCCAUUUACUUGUACCCUUUUCUGAAUACAACGACCAACUCAAGGCCGUUUGAGUAUCUAAGGCUUACAACCUUAGGUGUCAUUGGGGCUCUGGUGAAGGUUGACAAUACUCAGGUCGUCACCUUCCUUCUCUCAACAGAAAUAGUUCCAUUAUGCUUGCGUUCAAUGGAGACGGGUAGUGAACUGUCAAAAACAGUUGCUACAUUUAUCAUUCAGAAGAUUCUAAUGGAUGAUGUGGGCCUGGGAUAUAUUUGUGCUUCAGCAGAUAGGUUUUAUGCUUUAGGUAAAGUGUUGGGGGAUAUGGUGGUGGCCCUUGCUGAACAUCCUUCGGCACGCCUCCUGAAACACAUCAUUCGCUGUUAUCUUCAACUUACCGGUCACCGCAGGGCUUUCCAGGCACUGCAAGAUUGCCUUCCAGAAAUGCUGAAGGAUGACACUUUCAGUGCUUGUCUGAGUGCCAAUCCAGCUGCAAAAAACGCGCUAGAGGAGUUGCUUGAAACUCUCAGGGGACCUCCACCUCCAUCUCCUCCACCUGACUCUCAAGCAACUCCCUGGGGACCUCCACCUCCAUCUCCUCCGCCUGAGUCUCAAGCAACUCCCUGGGGACCUCCACUUCCAUCUCCUCCGCCUGAGUCUCAAGCAACUCUCAGGGGACCUCCACCACCAUCUCCUCCGCCUGAGUCAGAGGGAACAUCUGGUCCAAGUUCUGGGGCACCAAAUGAGUAAGCUGCAGUGUUUCUCUCUAUAUGUAUGCCUUUGACAGGCACAGUUAUAAUAGUAGGUUUGAUGGACUAGGUUCCAUUAUAUAUUUGGCUUUAUCUAUGAACUCUGAACAGCAGGCUUGCAUGAGAAGAUGGCCCUUCCAAUAGAAGGAAAACUAGAACUUUUGUAUGUAAUAUCUUAUAUAUAUAUGUGUGUAUGCGUGUGUAUUGGGCUUUGUUAUUUAGGUAAAGUGGCUUGAUAUGCAAUGAGUUAUCCGUUGAAUAUCUUUUAAUUUGUUGUGUUCUAUUGUAGUUUGU